UUCAUUUAGAACAUGUCGGAAUUUAGUGAUUGUGAAGGAAUCCCUGACGAUUACCGUUCGGGCGAGAUUCCAAAGCCUUGGGCAAAAAUUACAGGUAGGAAAGGAAGAGCAAAUGAGGACAAGAAUGCAGGGGAACACGUACCACAACCGGAAGGGUAUAAAAAAGAGAUCGCUGAAAGAGAUGUUGCUGGCGGCAAAAAUAAGCGGCACCUGCAGCCACUACACGCCAGCACUAAUAACGAUACAGAAGAGGCCCAGAACCGAUCGAACGAGAAAGUUGCGGGAACAGGAUGUACACACUUCAAAACCGUAUGGGGACUACGUUUGGACAUCUUAUGCCUUGACAGCUGCCAUCCUUAUUCUAUUCUUUUUGAUAAUCGGACUCAUGCUUUACGUUUUGAAAUUAAAGUCUUCAUUAGAACCAUCUUUAGCUGGUGGAUCAACAUCUCGACCUUUGAAGGGGAGCAGGGAAAUGACAGUUGUCCUUCAUAAAAUGCCAAGCAGACCUACACUUGACAACGCCGUGUGCAUUGUAUGUUUUGAUGCAAGCAACACGGAUGAGUACAAGCGAAUGAUCAAAGAGACUGUCGGUCAAUUGGGAAGAGUUUCUUUCCGCACUCAUGUCAUCAGAAAGCACGCGGAUAUUGCUGAACUUCCCCACUGCAGACUGUACAUUAUGUGUGUGGAGUUCACAGAAAGCCACGUGAUAAUAGAGGAACAAGGUUUGGGACUUGGUGAUCUAAAGCUCACUUCAUAUCGGGGUGUUAGAAAGCUAGGAGGGGCUUUGGUGAUACUGUACAUACAUGACCCCGGCUCGAGGAACCUAACAGACGACCAGCUAUACAGUGAUGGUGUUUAUUGUGUGAAGAAACAACAAGAACUGAAGGAAUUAUGUGAAAUAGAUCGGUUCAUAAGUGCACACAAGAAUUUAAACACAGCACAAAAGAAGGCUUUGGAAACUGCUAUAACUGAUGAGCUUAAGAUACAGGCCGCGAGGUAGAUAUUGAUGUAUAAACAAUGUUUUAUCUCGCGUGCCUUCUGGUUUCUCGCAUGACAUUGACAUUUAUAUAUUCUUAGAAGUGACUUUUUGUAAUAGCACUGACAAUGAAAUUGUAGUAGAAUUGUUUAUUUUUAUUUCGUUGUAUUGCAAUUUUAAGUAACUCGUAUAUUGAAUUUCAUAUGUACGUAAGCGCGUAAGAAAACGUAAAGAAAUCUUACAGCUUAGCGGCGAAUUACGAUCGCGCAGGUUACUUUACGGCAUAAACGUUCAAAACGUGGAAUUGGAACCUAGAAAUAAUUUCGUUAAGUUCAAAAGCUUACAUAUCCGUUAGAGCUUUACAAUUGUACAACAUUAUUUUAUGGGAUCACAUGACGAUUUUUGGCAUAAUUGAUUCUAAGGUUUCUUACAAAACUUCUUAAAAAAUGACGUGUAAUUCGUAGUAAAGCGUCAUUCAUGUUAAAAAGAAUAUAAAAUGAAAUUUAAAACAUAUUUUGUUUUUCUUAAUACAAUUAUUUCGACUAGUCUUUAGUUGUACGUGUGUUAUGUGUCUAUUUGUUUUUUAUCGAAGUUUGCCUGCGUGCGUGUGUAUGUGUGCGCUAAAAUCAACUUGUAGAAUAGCAUAGAGUUGUUACCAUACAUUACUUGGAAAUGAUUAUGUAUGCGUUGAUUUGAACUCUUGAUUGUGAGAAAUAAACGAGAAAAAUUA